CGCGAGACACUCGAACACACCGGUUCGUAGCUUGCCUUUGUUUUCUCUGUCUUUAGUCUCACGUGUUUUUCUUCGUCUACUUCUUCUGCACUUCCUUUGCUUGUUCGUUGAGUAAGCGAAGCGAACGCUUUGAGGUAGCCGCCGCGUUUCAGAUCGGUCGAGGCGACGCGACCGCGACGCACGAAACGACGUACCGGGCGACGCACCAACGAGAUACCUCACUGCGGUCCGUGCCUCGGCAAAAGUGACAAGGCCCCGGUAAUUAUAACGGGUGGCGCAAAAAAAACGACGCUUCUCGUCUACUCGCCGCAGAUCUCUCGUUUCGUCCAGUAUGCACUCGGACAUGCAACUCGAUAAGCAACAUUACCCGCAGAGUCCUUCUCCGUGGUACUCUCCUUUUCGUAGAUUGUUCGCGUGAUCUCCACGAUCUUGAUAAAAUAUAAUCCACGCAGAGUUCGUCGAUCGAACCAGUCGUCUCUAUCGCGCGACGGAAAUCGUACGUUGGAUUCGCUGGAAUUAUUGAAUUACGCGGAGCUUCAAUAAAAUCAAUGAACGCUAUCCAAUGAACGCUGAAUAUUGAAUUUUCAUCCUCACCGUCGUCGAUCACCAACGGUAAAUCAAUUACGUAAUAAAAAUAAAUGAAAUGCAAACCUCCGAUUUGUGCAUACAAUAUGGUUGUAGAACCUCUAAUUGCAAAAUUAUAUUAUCAGUUACUUAGCCGGGUCGGUCAACUCGGUUCAUAUUCUUUGGAAACUCGCGAAUUACGGGCAACAAUAAAUAGUCUUUUAAUGCAAAAUAAUAACUCAAAAUUGCUAUUGAGAAUUACAUAUAAUUCUUCGUAAUUGUGUUCUUAAGAUUUAAGAUUAAAACAAAAUAAGUCGAGAAAUCGGCAGUUAAAUACAUUUUGAUAUGAUUGCAGAUAGAUGUACGUGAUAUGUCAUUAGUUGUUAUUAAUAUUUAACUUAUUAAUAAUUUAUUUUUCUGAAAAAAUGGUUUACGCUCAUAUCGUAUAUGUGGCGACACCUAUUAUCCACGAGUGAAAGGUAUAAUGUUUCAUUGUCAGCAAGAAGAUGGCAGUAAAAUAAAGUAAACAAUAUCCAAUUGCUGGUAACGUUUUUUGCAUACAUACAAAAAACAUAAAUGGACUUAAAAUAAACAUUUAACGAAAGUUUUUUAAGAAAUCACUUAAAUGUCACAUUAAGUACACGAAUUGCUUCGUGAUCUUUCAGAUCUAAAACACUAAAGAAAGCUUUCAUAUUCGCAAUUUAUUGUAUAAAGAUAAUCGAACAAGUAAUAUAUAUCGCUUCAUGGUAAAUUUUAUCACAAAAUAUCUUACAAUUGUAUUUUGUCUUUUAUUGUGAUUUUGAGUGAAAAGGGAUUUAGUGCAAAGGUAUUUACAUGAUAUUUAAAUAUUCUGUACAUUGUCUUGUCCAUACAUAAUUGUGACAAAUGUGAUCGACUGAUUUGGAUAUUUUUCGCGCCAUUUGGGGCUGCAGUUAAGCAUUUGUGAAGGAUCUUUUCACUUUUUGUAUUGCUCCAUUAUUUUAGUUUAAUUUUAUAAAAAAAAUGGUGUAAACGAUUGAGUCCUAACUUUAUUACAAUGGAACAGUUAUUGAAACGUUCAAGAGUUACAAAAGAAUCGACUAUUUGUGAUAUUGCAUCUUCUAUAAGGGAAAUAUCUGAAUCAGUUUCGUCUGUAAGUGAGAAACACAGAGCUCUUUUGAAAGUUAAUAAAGCAUUAGUGUUAUAUAUACAAAAGAAUAAAAAAAGGCAACAGAUUCAAACUCUAGAUGACAUACAAUCUGAUUUGGAGCAAACAAGAUUGGAACAAGAUUAAUAAUUAUAACUUAUUUAUACGAUAAUGUACAAACACAAUAGUAGUUUAUCAAUGGAAAACCAUACGCAAGCUAUUUCAUUCGCGAAUAGUUAUUUCGCUUUGGUCGAUGGUCUUGUUUCUGGUUUAGAAAAUCAGCUCUCGGAGGAUGUGGUCCUGUAUUGGUUUGGCAGUUUGAUCAAAGGCAGGAAACAUGUGUCUACCUUCUUGCGAAGUCGUAAACUGAAUUCAAGGCAUAUAUUCUCACAUAUUAUAUCGACCACUGAUAUCAAUUACGAAAAGGAAAGUUUAACUCGAAAUAAAACUUUAAUUAACAUUAGGUUUUUAUGUAGGAACAAGCUUUGUUCGUGUCAUUAUCGAAAACAGCAAGAAUGUCAAACAAGACAUAAUAAUUUCGUCAAUGAUAAUAGUACAAUAUGCGAGCCGUUCCUCCAAAAAGUGGAAAGGUCAUUGUCGAUGUGUGACGUCAUAACAGACAUUAAUCACAACGAAAUCCAUACGAAGGAAAUUGGCGCAGUGGACGACACGUUUUACAAUCUAAGCGAGGGUGAUCUCUCCAAUCUUUUCAAGCUCGACAUCUUAUCGACCGACAUAGAAGAAAUCGAGCAUAGCAUUAAUAGGAUAAAAUUGAAAGAGGAAGUGGUACCAACCAUCAAGAGAAAAUGUAGUCGAAGAGAUAAACACGAUAUCGUUCAAGUUAAGUAUGUGGAGGCAAACGGUGAAGUAGAAUUCUCCCGAAAAUUUUGGAAACUAGGCAAGAAUUUUUUUUCUCGUUCUACAAUAAUGGUUUACAAUAAUGAUCAACAAACAAUCAUAGGUUCUUGGAAAACGUAUAUCUCACGUCUCUCUACAGCUACUCUUUACACUUGGAAGCGGCCAUGUAAAUUGCAAAUUGCAUAUACCAUCUCGUCUCAAUGUCAAACCUUGGAACAAUCGUGUGAAACUAAAAAUGUCACGGUAUCAUUCGUACAGCCUAAAGUCAGACUACCCAGUCUACAGGAGAUUAAUGAAAUUACUAGUAGACUAGUGCCCAAUACGAAUGAGUUCGGUGGAUUUUUGAAGGAUGCGGAUUUCUUUGAGGAUUAUAAAGGCUUUCUAGGAAAUGUGAAAAUGGAAAUGGCAAUUAAUGAUCCUUGUAUGCCAUUGUCCACUGCUCAGUAUGUUAAAAAUAAACUUGUAUUUAAUAAACCGUCCAUCAAUAUGGAUGAUCGCAAUGGUAAAGACAAAAAAAAGUUCGCUUUUAAUUAUCAGAUUCAUCUGAUAAUAUAUCAGGAUAUUGAUAUAUGAAACAUGAACGAGUGUUGCACAAUUUUAAAAGAAUGAAAUUUGAAGAGGGGCAGAAGUAUAGCGCUUGAUAUGCAAAAAAUAAUCCCUUUUUCUGCUUAAAUAGUAUUAGAAAAAUCUUUUUCAGGCAGAUGAUAUCUUUGGAAAAAGAUUAAGAAACUGUUUCUUUUUUACUUUUAUAAUUAGUAAAUAUUUUUCAUAAUUUUUCUUUAUUUCUACAUAAGUCCAUACGUAAGUUUACGUAGUUGCGAAUUUUACGCUUACAAUGUACUUAAGUACACAUAUUAUGUCUGUUUUUUCUGUUGUGAUAAACUGAAUGAUUUUGUGUUCACCAGUAAUAAAGCUUAAAUGAACCAAUCGCUAGAAAAUACUGCUUAAGUUAACAUGUUAUCUAAGUCAGCAAUAUUUGCCACGGUUACAGGUGAUUAACCGAUUAUAACUUAUUCUUCAAAUACUCAGAGAUUUACGAAGACAACUGUUUUUGUCUCGUACAGUAUCAAAUCUGAGUUAAAAUAUGUUUUUUUAUUUAGCAUUAAGUAUGCAAUUUUUGUUUUCUUUUAACUCGAAUAAAAUCCAAUCUUGAAGAUUAUACCAACUUUGUCAGUCUUUUUUUCGAAUUGUCACGGGUUAACUAGUGUUUAGUAUUAUACAUUAUCAACCAAAAUUUGAAAUACCAUUUUUUUAUUUAUACGUAUAUUAAAUUGUUAAUUUUAUUAUUAAUUCGAAAUCGAGGACUUUUCUGGCAAGUAAGAUUACGAAACAAAAUUGUGAAUUGAGUACAUAUAUCGCGUCGAAAGUUUUAGUUUUAGCUUUUAAAUAUUAUCUAUAUUUGGAUUGAUCAUUACAAUGGCUCUUAAAGAACUUUGAUCUUUAUAUAAAAAUUCAACUAUUUCAUCAUAUUUUUGUUCUAUUAUAAUAUUUUCUUUCCAUUUAUUGAUUCCUUAGAUUCACUCAUACUAUACAAUUCUUAUAUACUACAUAAUUCUAAUAAUAAAUAAUCUCAAAAGUUUAUUAAGGAUGUACGUAUCUAAUCGUGUAAAUAAUGGUCUUAUAAUACGUAUGUAUGUAUAUAUAAAAGUUUCUGUUACUCUGUGAGAAGUAAUGCGUAUAAACAUGCCAACUCAUGUUCCAAAACAACACAAUACAUACAAUGUUUACGAAUGUAGACCCCCCUCCCCAUCACAUUAGGAAUUGCGUGGCGAAACUGGAGAGCAGAUCAUUUAGCUGUCUAAUUUCAGUGCGGUAACACAUAUCGCGCUGUAUUAUGUCUAUAACGUAUUCUAACCUUUUGGUAGCGUUCUUUUGCUUUUUCAUUAUUCUUUUACUAUCACUUAUAUCUCGUUAUUAACAUUGUUCAAUUAAUACACGCGUUUAUUUAACAAUUCAUUGAACAUCAAGAUAACAGAAUUAAGUAGCUUUUUUGAAAUUUUCUGUGUUGAUUUUUCUUCGAUCACUGUUUGAUUGCUGACAUUAUCGGUGUCAUGUAUUGUAAGCUUUUUGUAAUGGAAUUUGAUUAUUGUUUUAUUUGAAUAUAUAUUUGUCAUCACUCUAUACAUUUGUUUUAGGUUUAACUUUUGGUUCUGUUUUGUGUAGGUAAUUAGUUGAUUGCAGAAAUGAGCCGAAUUACAUCGAAGUAACAUGAAUAAUUAACGUAUGGACGCCACGAUGAUUAAUGGUAAAUCCGAUAAAUCUUCAUAAAAAUGUCAUAACAAUUAAUUAAUUUUAACAAAGAUAGACAUAUAUAAAUGAUUAUAUCGUCUUUUCGUUGAGGCAUAGGUAACGUUUGGUACAUAUAAGUUUCAUACUUAAAUUAUAUUUGAUAUACAAUUCAUAUUUAUCAUACAAUAUACAUAUAUUGAAUAUGUAUAUUCGAUAUAUAAUAAAUUUACCAUGCAUAAUGUCCUAAUUAUUUGAAAUAUUAAGAUGAAUAUAAGAAAGGUUAAAUAAAUCAUUUUAAUUGGAA